AUGGCUUAUCGACGUUGCCUCUUGCGAAGAGGAAGCAACCUCAUCGAUCGUCGGUUUCACCCUUCUUUCACCUAUAUUCUUCAUAGCGAUGAAGCAAAACGCGAUCAACCAGACGAGAAACCGUCUUCAGCAGGAAUAAGUAAUAGUUUUAUCCAAACAAGGUCUUUUGGAAGUUCUCUUAACGGAUCAAUGGGUUUUUUCUCCGGUUUUCGACAUAAUCAAGUUUAUCCAUUCGCCGGAUAUAAUUUCUGCCGUAAUAUGUCGACCAUGGAUCAGAAUUCAGAUAAGAUUACAGUAAUGACUGAUGUGGCUGAUGUUCUCACUGACACUGCCGUGGAGACUGUAACUUCUCAGGCUCCCGUUGUUAGUGAAGUUGCCAUUGCAGCUGCUGAUUCUUAUUUGCCUGUACAAGCCUUGCAGUAUGUCAUAGAUGCUGUUCAUUCCUACACUGGACUAAACUGGUGGUUGGCCAUAGUUCUAACAACUCUCUUGAUUCGAUCCGCAACUAUUCCACUCUUAAUAAAUCAACUCAAGACCACUUCUAAGCUUACGCUUAUGAGGCCUCACUUGGAAGCAAUAAAGGAAGAGAUGGAUGGGAAGACACUUGAUCCCGAGGCUGUUGCCGAAGGUCAGAAGCGGAUGAAAAAGCUAUUUAAAGAACAUGGUGUGAGUCCUCUUUCGCCAUUGAAGGGACUUUUUAUUCAAGGUCCUGUCUUCGUUAGUUUUUUUCUUGCGAUAAAUAACAUGUCUGAAAAAAUGCCAUCAUUCAAGCAUGGUGGAGCUUUCUGGUUUACUGAUCUCACAACUCCCGAUGCCUCAUACAUUUUUCCAGUUUUGGCUGCAUUGUCAUUCUUAGUAGUAGUAGAGUGUAAUAUGCAAGAAGGAAUGGAAGGAAAUCCUAUGGGCGACACAAUGAAAAAAUUCUCGAGGAUUCUUGCUUUUCUGACAGUUCCUUUCACCAUGACAUUUCCAAAGGCAAUAUUUUGUUACUGGAUUACAUCGAAUUUGUUUUCACUGUCGUAUGGAAUGGCGCUUAAAGUUCCUGGUGUAAAGAAAACUUUAGGUAUUCCUGAUUUACCUGCUGCUCCAACUGCAAUUGGUCAAAGCUCAUUGCCUGUUGAAACACCAAAAGAACCAAACAAUAAGAAGUCCACUUCUUCUGCUGUUAUUAGUCAGAGGCUUAGAAGCUUAGAGAAGCAAGUAAAAGGAAGAAAGAAAAACAAGAAGUGA